AUGGAGUGUGCAGGGGAAGAUGAUGGCACAGGGAGUGGAAGCAGGAGGAGGAGCAGGAGCAUGAGCAUGGGCGGAUCAGAUGCAACGUCGACCAUGAGCGACGGCGGCACGACGGCGGUCAAGCAGCACCAGGCUCUGAGGCUCGUGGAGGACCUCUCCCUCCCUUCGGUGCAGGUGGUGGUGAUGAGCGCCAACAUGGGCUGCUCCCACUGCCGACAGCGGGUCACCAAGGUCGUCACCAAGAUGAACGCAGGGCUGCUGGAUUACAUGGUGGAUUUCGGGAAGAAGGAGGUGACGGUGAGGGGCACGGUAAUUCACACCAAGAAGAAGAAGAAGAGGAAGAAGCAGCAGCAGUACAUGAUCGCUGGGCUGGAGAAGGUGCCGCCUGCUGCUAACGUGGGCGCCAGGACGCUCUCCUGGUUUUUGGGAUGCUACGGUUCAUAG